GAACUAGAGAUUUUCCCCACAGGGUACGGUCAUCAGACAUAACUCUACCGCCGAGCGCAAAAAGUACAUCGGAGCAACCAUUAAGUGGCGAAACAUCGGCCUUUUUGCAAAGCACAUCUUUAAUGUUUGAGGCACAGGGGCGAAAUUAUCAAAUGAAAAAUGAGAGAGGAACAAUAAAUUUUCUGACGGAACAUGUUGUUGCUACAUUCGACAAUUGUAAGAUUUCUUAUAGAAAUUCCACUUCGUUUAAUGAACGUAGGUCGAAAAUUCGGAAAGAUGCUGCUGAACGUAUGAAGAAGUUAUUUGGUGACACUGAGGUUGGAGCUGCGGUGGUUCAUUGGGAUGGAAAAUUAAUACCAGAUGGACUAUCUAGUAAAAAGGUUGACCGAGUGCCUACAUAUAAUAAUUCGAAGCAUGACCGUUGAAAAAAUAUUAAACGUACCGGCAUUACCGGUUGGAAGAGGAAUAACUCAGGCUCAGGAAAUUUUCAAGAGUGUACAAGAAUGGGUAUUAUCUGACAAUAUCCAAAUCUUGUUUGUCGAAAUGGAGCAGCAACCAAUUUAGAGCAGUUUUUACAAAAAGAUCUUCUGUAUUUACCUUGUAGACAUCACAUCUACGAAUUGGUCUUAAAUUUUGUUUUUGUGACAAAAUUUCCGGGAACUGAUGGGCCAAACGUUCCUCUGUUUAAACAAUUUCAGGAAACUUGGAAUGUAAUUGAUCAAACUAAAUAUAAUAACGGUCUUACAAGAAAUAAAAUUCCUAAAAAACUGUUAGCAAAAGUUGAAAAAACAAAUGAAACGAUCAAAAACUUUCUAAGUGAAAUUCUGCCUCGCGAUGAUUAUAAAGAGCUUUUGGAGUUGUGUCAAAUUUUUCUUGGCACGAUGGAAGCUGAUAGUGUGAAAUUUUAUAAACCAGGAGCAUUUCACCAUGUCCGCUGGAUGUCAAAAGCGAUCUAUUCGCUGAAAAUAUACAUUUUCCGGGACAUUUUUGAGGUAGAUCGAGCACUGCAACAAAGUCUUUUGGAUAUUUGUUUAUUCAUAGUAUUUGUUUACGUGCCAUUUAGGUUUACGGCACCUCUUGCAGCAUCGGCUCCAUAUCAAGACUUGAAUUUUGUAAAAACUGUACAUCAAUACAAGACGAUUGAUAAGAAACUUUCUGAAGCAGUCUUGCACAAAUUCAAAAAUCAUUUGUGGUAUUUGAAUGCUGAAGCUGCUGCUCUGGCUUUUUUCGAUCCGAAUAUACCGAUUUUUAUGAAACAUAAAAUGAUUGAAGCAUUAAAAUGCCAUGAAGAUAUGGAUUUUGAUUACCCUAAACGCUACGUAGUGAAUUCAGACAGUGAAAUUAUCAAUUUACAAAAAAGAGAUAUUUACUUUUUUAUUAAUUCUAAUUCGAGUAAAUAUUUUGAUCCAUUCAACAUAAAUAAAAAAUUUUUAGAGUGUGAUGUUGAAAAAUGGUCAACUAAUGAUGAUUACUUAGAAGGUUUGGAUAUUGUAAAUAAUCUGCAAGUUAUUAAUGAUGUAGCUGAGAGAGCAGUUCAGUUGACUCAAGAUUACAUCAAUAUUUUGACUACUAAAGAAGACCAAAAACAUUAUUUAAUACAAGUUGUACGUGAAUACAAGGAUACUUACCAUAACGCUACAAAAAGCUGCUUAACAACGAAACGUGAUUAAAAAGACAAAAAAAUAUUAAUAAUACAUCGUAAUAUUAGUUGUAAUGCAUUGUUUCCGUUAU